AUGAGGCCCGUGUGCACAACACGCACCGCUCGCACGCACACACCACCCUGGAGCGAACAAUCGUACGCGCUCCAAAAGCGAACAAUCGACGAACUGAGCUGCGAGAGCGUGCUCAAGUGGUGGAAGAGGUGGAUGAGCUCGUACCCACUGCUGGCCCGGGCAACCCGCGUGGUGUUCGGAGCUCCAGCGUCGGCGGCGUACGUGGAAAUGAUCCUGUUUCUGCAUGGUAACCUGGACCUUAUUCCGGACGACAUCCCAGCGUUGCCAACCGACGGCCCCGACAGCGCGACUAACAAGCACAUGCCCGGGCGGUUGAAGAACCCCAAUCCGAAGCUGGAGAGGAUUUCCGGUGCAUUCGGCCCGGUGGAUCUCACGGAGGAGGACGAGGGUGAUGAUGAGGACGAGGAGAACGAGGAGGACGUCGAUGAUCUAUAG